UAUGUUUACACUGAGCGGGAAUUUUGUUGACGGCGGACUUUUAUUCAGGCGGAAGUGAAGGCAGAAGCAGCCUCGCCUUGACCUGUAGAGUGCGCUUGCGCGAAAAUGGCGCGCAUGCGCAGUGCACAGAGCAGCGUGGGUAAUGGCAGGCGCCUGUAGGAUGUUUGCUAUGUGUCUGUGUUGAGCUCAGCUCGACUUCCCUGCUGCACUGAAACCUCCUGAGAGACAUUUAGCGGUUUGUUGGCGUGUGUUUGGGCUGUGAGCGGUGUCACAGAGCACCACAAUGGAUUAGUGUGUGUGUGUGUGUGUGUGUGUGUGUGUGUGUGUGUGUGUGUGUGUGUGUGAGAGAGAGAGAGAGAGAGAAGUUUGGCUGUAGACACCCACACACGGAUUCCUGCUCGCUCUGUGUGGUCAGUGCAGGAGAUCUGAAUGUGCUGAACAUCUCACACUCACACACCACCAUGAUGAGCUCCAGCAGAGACGCCGUGGUCACUUCACACACCUCCUGGGUGUGUACAUCUCACACUGAGCUCAGACAGAUCCUCAUCACACCACAGGAAGAUCUCCUCAACACCACCAGCACCGAGGCUGGCCUGGAUCCUUCUGCUUCUGCUCUGUGUGAGCCUGUGCUCCUGGAGCGAGCGGAGGAAUCCUCGCCGUGCGUCAUCACGCUGCUGUGUCGACCCGGUUCAGGCGCCGUCAUCAGCAGCCUGCAGGUGGUGAGCGAGGCGAGGACCGUCGAGGUCUACUCUCUGUCCGGAGAUUACUGCGGGACAAGCCGCGGCGAGGAAGAUCCAAGAUGGCAGCAAAGCAGUGGUGAAGAUAAAAGACUCUUCUACAGGAGCCGCUUGGUGUUGGAAUCUCCGCUAGCGUCCUGUGAAGUGAAGCUGCUCUCUCUCGGCGGCCGCUCGGCCGUCAGGAUCCGUCAGGUGGUUGUGGGACUGCGGUUCCGUUCGGAGCGUCCAGAGCUCCAGCCCGGUCCGGCUGCUGGCAUCGACCUUCAUCGUGUCCAGGCCAUGAUGCAGGAGAUGGGCACCACCCUCUCACCCGGGGCGCAGAACCUCAUGGAAAUGGUGCAGUUUCAGCAGAAGAACAAAGCCGACGUCCUCGGUGGCUUCUUGCCGCUGCUGAUGGGCGGCGGCACGUUAGCGUGCCUGGCCAAAGGGGCUAAAGCGAUGGGAGAUGUUGGCUCUGAUGGCGCCGCGGCACCUGCUGGACAUCAGUCCGGAACGUUCCGUGCCAACCAGAGCGGCGUCCCAGAUGCUGUAGCAGGUGGUCCGGGUGGGAACCGGAGUCCAGUUAGCCCUGAUGUUCUUCCCAUACUUCAGAGUGUGUGUGGUCAGGUUACACAACUCCGCCUCGACGCUCUGACCUCACCAGAGAAGAAGACGAACGGAGAGCGUGAGGAUCACAUGUGCUGCGGAGGUCUGGAGAAAGUUCUGGAGAAAGUGGUGGAGAAGCGUAUGCAGGAUCUGGAGAACAGGUUGAAGGAGCACAUGGACACACGCCUGGAUGCUCUUCAGCAACGACUGGAGCUCACACUACAUCAACUCGCGCUCCUCACGAGCACAUCGAACCCGCAGUAAACCUGCUCACCGGGAACAGCCGAGCCAGAGUGCUUCUGAGGACGGGAUUUAUUUAAAUAACUUCUCUAACAGUUUGGCUGAACGGAUCGUUGCUAACCUUUAUGGAUUCUUCCUGAAAACCAUCUGAAACUUUAAUGGUUAUGCUGAGAAAUAACGUUUCUAAUGUUUGAACAGGUGAACCACAGGUUUUUAACGAUUGUUGGUCACUUGUGUGUUAAUUUUUAUUGACGGUGAUGGACACACAGCUAAUAAUUCACACGACUCAGAGUCAACAUUAUCGCCAGUGCUGCUUUUCCAGCUGCUAAUGUUCACUGUAAACACAUUUAUCAAGCUUGACGUGUGUUUUAAUCAGAAUUUAACUGGUUUGCGGUUUCAGUGAAAGAAAUGUUGUUUUUUUUUUUAACCCAGUGAUGGCACUGAAUUCCAGGAGGCUGAAGCUGAACACCAGAACGUCACUCCAAGACGCCUGAUUGAUUCGGUUCAUUCUGUCGAAUUCUUUUGGCCGAAAACGAAAGCGUGCGCUGGUUCAGCCUCCUGGGAUCUGAUCUUAAAAAGGUUUAAAUCAUGUUCUUGUUGUUUGAGGUGUUUGUUCAUUGACAUUGUACUUAAUGGUUUACAUUAAACCAACUGGAGAACUAAGGACAAAAAAAAGAAAACAUUAAAACGUGGUUAUACUGAGA